GUUUCCUUCUCCGUCAAGUCUUCUUCACAACUCUCUCGCGAUUCAACCUCCCCACAAUAGCAGAAAAUAUUGCUUCAAUCUCACAUGGCUUCUUUGUGGCUUCUCAUACACCUCCUUAAAUGCAUUGAUUUUCUUUCAUGGCCCGUUCUUGCUCUGGGUUAUCCUCUAUGUGCUUCCGUCCGAGCAAUUGAGAAUGAUAACAAUUCAGACACUCGGAAUUUGAUCUCUUAUUGGAUCCUUCUCUCAUUGAUAUACCUCUUCGACUAUGCUUUUCUGAAGCUUCUCCAAUGGUUUCAGUAUUGGUAUUACAUGAAGCUAAUGAUCGUUGUUUGCCUUGUGAUACCGGACUUUGGAAGAUCUUCUCAUGUAUACAAUCAGCUCAUUCGGUCGUGCAUCUACAUGAAUCCCCGUGUAGCCAUAAGAAAAUUCAGGAACUGGAAAAGGGUCUUUGUGGAGAAAGAAGACUUUCUAAUGCUGGCUGAGAAAUAUAUAACAGAGAAUGGAACUGGGGCCUUAGAGAAACUCAUUGCUUGCAAGAACACACAGCAAAACCUUGAAGUUGAAGCGAAAAAGGCCGCUCCAACUGCAGAGAAGAAUGACACGCAGCAGAACACAGCACAAAAUCUUGACACGGGAACGGAAAAAACGGUUCGUACCAUAGAGAAGAGUGAAGCACAGCAGACAAAUAAAGUAAGGCUUCCCUUGGAACAGAAAGACAUAAAAGACUUGGAGAUGAUUGAAAAAGAGGAAAUCCCCAAUGGCAAGCCAAUCUUCACCUUUAUGCCACAGACUAAUACAGCGUGUGCAGCCCCAGAUCAAAUAAGAUCUCCUUAUCUAACAUAUCAAAAACUGAAGGAAUGGUGGCAAAAUACACAGAAGGUGAGAACAACUUCCGAGGCUGACUUGAAUUGUCACUUGCACGGGAGGUUGCAUAAGGCUGCGUGCGAAGCACUGAAAGCGAAAAACCAGUCUGUUGCUGUGGAAGUUUCUGUGAAGAAAAAUGAGACGUCAGGUGGAGAACCAGAGAAGAUGAUCAAUACUUCGAAUUCAUCAGAACAGAAGAUCACAACCUGUCAUCAUCCAAAAAUAGAGCAGAAGAAUGUUAAAACUGUAAAUGUGCGAAAAUAUUGUUAUAGGCCAAAGAGGACGAUAGAUCAAGAAAACACGGGCAAAAUUGUUCAUGUCAUUCCCAAGGUGCAAGAAUUGCAGAACUCUGAAACACCAGUACUUAAGUUUAAGUGA